AUGACCAUGAGUCUUCCCAGCCUUGACGAGGUCAUACGCAAGCUCGAGACACUACCCCUUGAUCAGUUAAAGCAGCUUCUUACGGAGCAACUUGAUCUUGAAAUUCGUCUCAAGCACAAAGAGCUUCAAAUGGCAGAUGCAGAGCUCGGCAAGUGUGAGGGGCAAAUGGUAAUGCUCCGGAAAUUCUUCGAUAUACCCCACACCACUCGUCUUGAAAAUGAACCCCAUGACUUUGCCGUCAAAUAUUUCGACUUGCUCAACAAAGCCAUCAACACGACAUACGCUGAUCUCAAGCAACAAGAGGAAGCAGCGAUCAAAGCCCAAGAAGCGGCAGAAUCAGCUAUUGCAGUCCAUCUGACGACCAUUCCACCUAAGACGUUUACCGACAUUGCCACCACCAACAACCACACAUAUCGGACUCGAUCGCUGACGUCAGUUUUACGUCCUGUGGUGUCAUCGCUGAUAAAUCCCGAGCGACUUGGAUGUCUUUUCCGUCGUACCGAUGGCGUGAUUGUCAAAAUAUCCUGUCCUGACUGUGGUAGAGCUAACUUUAAGUCGAUACUGCAGUUCAUCAGUCAUGCUCGCAAUGCCCAUUCGCGAGAGUUCGCCAGUCAAGACGAUGCCGCUCUCCAAUGUGGUCAAAUCAUAGUGGAAAUCAAACAGGAUCUGGAAGGUGAAGCACUGAUACAACUGCUAAUACAACGGGGACUUAAUCCUAACACAAAUCUCAACUUGAAAAGUUUUCUACCAGAGUUUGAGUCCACAUCUACUUCGAAACCACCUACCAAACGAGCUAGAAUUGCUCUGGGCUCGCUGCUACUAAAGAAAGUGUCUCGUGAACUGACUGUCACUAAAGACCAGUUCAAAGAGAUGCUAGCAGACGUCCAGGCUCCAGUGGGAAAUGCCCACUUAUUUGACGGCGAAGAUGACCAUGGCGGUUCUGACGAUAGCGAUGAAGGCUGUCAACUGACUCCAGAGCCUGUACUGAAUAUGCAUCCAAGACGCAAACCAGCAGGUUCGCUGAUCCCAUCUCGGGAUACUACAAACCGAAGAAGACGGUCGAGGACACUGGUGACCCCAACGUAA